GGGCCAAUGAGACGUGAAAGGUGGUUACAAGGAGUGGAGUAGGAGACAGAAACGCUGACAGAAAAGCCCUACCAGACACACACACCUCUUUCCCUCUCCCUCCCUCCUUCGGUCCUUCCCUCCCUGCAUCUCUUCGUCGCUCUGGCCUGCCCUCUGCAUGACUGCAUGUCUGCAUCUCGCCUCCGCCCCCAACAGCCCAGCUAUCUGCCUAGCUGUUACGAGCCUGCUGUGAAAGAAAAAAGAGACGGCAAUACGUGUUCAAAAGGACGAGAUCUUCUUUGCAGCACAGUGGAUGCAACUCCAAGGCUGAUUCACACACAAUUCGCCAGUGCCUCAAACGAGGGAAAUUAAGCAGCUAUCUCCUUCCUCUGGCUCUCCCACCCUUCUUCUCGUCUAUAUAGACAGACAGUCCAUCGCCACCGCUCUCAGCUCUUUCCUUCUGGUCUCUCGUUGGUCGUAGAGCUAGCGGCGGCGGCCAUAUAUGGUGCAAGGCGAGGAGAGUUCCUGGAGGAUGGAGAGGGCAGCGCUGCCUCUCAACCAGGCGCUCGCGUAUGGAGUCCAAGCCCACGGCGCCGGCGGCGCCGCCGCUGCGCCGCCGACCUGCUUCCUGGACUUCCACCAGCCUGCGGCCGCGGCCGCUGCCUACUUCGGGUUCGGGGAGCUGGAGGAGGCCCUCAUCCAUGGCGGCGGCGGCGGCGUCGAUCCCGGCGUGAUCACCAAGAACGACGUCGCGCAGGCAAAGUCGGCGGCGGCGGCGGCAGGAUAUCUCGCGGGUGCUGCUGCCAGGCCGCCCACGCUGGAGAUCUUCCCUUCGUUGCCAAUGAGGCAUCAACAGCAGCUGCACAGUGGGAAUUCGCAGUCAGUAGGGAGCACCACUGACUCGAGCUCAGCCCAGAACGCAAUGUCUCAGAUGGAGCUGGCGUCCCCAGCAGCCUCCUCUGCGCCGCGGCAGGAGGCCAUGAUGGUGACCGCUGAUGGUUACAGCUACAAGCCAGGCCUCGCCGCUGCGGCUGCCGGUGCCGCCCCGCCGAGCUUUCAGUUUCAGCAGCAGCACCAGCACCACCACCCGCUCCCGCUGCACGGAGACGGAGGUGGAGACCAUGACAAGUGUCAUUCGCACGUACAGAGGAAGCAUGGAUCCACAGGAAAAGAUGGCAAGCUGGUAGAUGCCAAGACGGAACGGCGGCUGGCGCAGAACAGAGAGGCUGCGAGGAAGAGCAGGCUGAGGAAGAAGGCUUACGUGCAGCAGCUCGAGACUACCAGGAUCAGGCUUCAGCACGUCGAGCACGAGUUCCAGAGAGCACGGUCACACUCACAGGGCGUGGGCGUUGGGGGGUGCGGCGCCGCCGGGGACAUGAGCUGUGGCGCCGCCAUGUUCGACAUGGAGUACGCGCGGUGGCUGGACGACGACAGCAAGCGGCUGGCGGAGCUCCGAGGCGGGCUGCAGGCGCACCUGCUGCUGGACGCCAACCUGGGCCUCAUCGUGGAGGAGUGCAUGCAGCACCACGACGAGCUGUUCCAGCUCAAGGCGGCGCUCGCGCGCUCCGACGUCUUCCACCUCCUCACCGGCUCCUGGACCACCCCCGCCGAGCGCUGCUUCUUCUGGAUGGGAGGCUUCCGCCCGUCUGAGCUGCUCAAGGUCCUGAUACCGCAGCUGGACCCGCUGACGGAGCAGCAGCUGCUGGGGAUCUGCAGCCUGCAGCAGUCGUCGGAGCAGGCGGAGGAGGCGCUCGCCCAGGGCCUGCACCAGCUGCACCAGGCCCUGGCCGACACAGUCGCCGCCGGCACGCUCAACGAGGGCUCCGCCGCCCCCAACUGCAUGAACAUCAUGGCCGUCGCACUUGACAAGAUUGCCAGCCUCGAAAACUUCUAUCAACAGGCCGACAAUCUAAGGCAGCAGACGUUGCAUCAGAUGCGCCGCAUCCUGACCACUCGGCAGGCUGCGCGGUGCUUCCUCUCUAUUGGGGAGUACUACAGCCGCCUUAGAGCUCUCAGCAACCUCUGGGCUUCCCGUCCCGGCGACACCUUCAUCAGGUCAGAGAGCCUCAGCCCCACAGCAACGGAACUGCAAGCCCUGCACCACCAGCGGCAGAAUCAGUUCAGCGGAUUUUGAGGCCUUACCUGGUGGUGCGGUGGUGUCGGAGGGUGUAAACUUUGGCGGCGAAGGUGAUGUUACAAAGAUUAGAGGUUUUGAGAGAGAGAUGCAUUGUAAUGUUCUAUCAUUAAAGUACUAAGAAAGCAAUAUCACUAGGCGAAAAGGGCGGGGGGAAAGGAAUUGCUGUGGUGCGAUGUUGGGUGGCUGACCUGUUCAUAUGGCUCUUGAACUGAUUGAAGGGUUAGCCCCGCAGAAUUUUUUGCGGGUAGCAGCAGAAAACAAAGCAGUGGCAGAAGAUUCUGGCUGCUCACUUGCCAGAGAGCACUAAUUGCAGUUAGAGUGACAGAGUAACCAUUAAAUGCCUUUUUCAAAUCAA